AUGGCGGGCGCGACCACCAUCGAGGCGGUGAAGCGCAAGAUCCAGGUGCUGCAGCAGCACGCCGACGAGGCCGACGAGCGCGCCGAGCGGCUGCAGCGGGAGGCCGAGGCCGAGCGCCGCGCCCGCGAGCAGGCCGAAGCCGAGGUCGCAUCCUUGAACCGCCGCAUCCAGCUGGUCGAGGAGGAACUGGACCGGGCCCAGGAACGUCUCGCGACAGCCUUGCAGAAAUUGGAGGAAGCAGAGAAGGCUGCAGAUGAGAGCGAAAGGGGCAUGAAAGUUAUUGAAAACAGAGCCCUGAAAGACGAAGAGAAGAUGGAGCUGCAGGAGAUCCAACUGAAAGAGGCCAAGCACAUUGCUGAGGAAGCCGACCGGAAGUACGAGGAGGUUGCUCGUAAACUGGUGAUCAUCGAAGGAGACCUGGAGCGUACAGAGGAAAGAGCCGAGCUGGCCGAAUCUAAAUGUUCAGAGCUGGAAGAAGAGUUGAAGAAUGUUACCAACAACCUCAAAUCGCUUGAGGCUCAGGCGGAGAAGUACUCUCAAAAAGAGGACAAAUAUGAAGAGGAGAUCAAGAUUUUGACUGACAAACUCAAGGAGGCUGAGACCCGUGCCGAGUUUGCCGAGAGAUCGGUAGCCAAACUGGAGAAGACCGUUGAUGACUUGGAAGAUAAACUGAAAUGCACCAAAGAGGAACAUCUCUGUACACAACGGAUGUUGGACCAGACCCUGCUUGAUCUGAAUGACAUGUAA